CAGCUCUCAGUCUGUCUCAGCAGUGCAGCAGUACGUCGAGCUUCCUCGUCUGUGCGAGUUAUGCCGUAUGUUGGCCUGUGCGCACUCUCUACUGAGACUAAUACCUUAGAUACGUAUUCUCCGUGGUUUAUCAUGUACUCGUCUUUAUGGUUAGCACCUUAAGUCAAGAAUGGGGAUGUUAAUGUCGCCAGUAGUUUGCUUCAUGCUGCUCUUCAUUGCGUCAGAAGUAUUAGGUGAUGAUGCCAUGAUGAGUGGAGGGAUGCAGACUGGCACAGCAUUGACUACACAAGUCAAACUUCUUUGUGAUCAAGAUGGUACUACUCUGGCUUGUGAGAGAGGGGGUUAUCUGUUGAAUGGUAGGGUGGUGACCUCGCUAACAUGGGAAAACACCACUUCUUUCAAUGACAGCUGGCCAACUCUGGAUGCCAAGGUGAAAGGGCAGCAGGUAGCGGUGCGGGUGUCCCAGGUGAAGGGCGACUUUACCCUGCCUUCCAACACCAACUUUGUGAUUGUCUCCCUUCAGCUGAUGAACCUCACUCGUUUCACAAACCACACUCAGGAUCUUUCAUCAUUGGAAGAGUUGAUAGUGAGUGACAGUCCUGAAUUUGAUGCCUCCUCCCUCCAGGAGUUAGGAAAACUCCCAUCUUUGGUCAUAUUGGAGAUGGCAUACACCCCGCUGGCAACGCUUAGCAACAGGAAAUUGAAGCAAGUGUUGAAGGAAAUGCCAUCUCUUCAGUAUCUUGAUAUUUCCUUCUGCAAACUCCAUCACUUGGAGGCAAGCACCUUCCAGAAGAACUCUAAGCUGCAGAUACUAAAUAUUGCUGGGAAUGAGCUCAUAAGUCUUUCAUUAGAUGGAGGUCUCCUUCAGCAGCUGGUACACCUGAACAUGUCACGCUGUUCCCUGGAGCAGUUACGAAUUGAGAGUGUGCCUGAAGAUACAAUACAGAACAACCUCAGUAUUGUUGAUCUCUCCCACAACUACUUAACCAACCUCCCUGUCUCAUUUAUGAACAUCAUAUCUAAGAGUCAUGUUCAUUUGAACAUCUCAGGAAAUCUGUGGAACAACUCCUACACACAUUGCUCCCUCUACCAUUUGUGGAACUAUGCCACCAAGCAUCCAGAUAGGAUCCAAGGGGCUCAGAAGCUCAGUUAUUUUCAUCCAGAUGAAGCCUUGAAGAAAUGUGGCUGGGAGGAAUGUCCAGCCACCUGUUCAUGUGAUUUGAGAAGUAAAACUGUUAACUGCACCUCCUCAGACCUGAAGUUUGUUCCUUACAUUGGGCCCUCUGAUGCUGAGAUCCUCCUUCUGAAAAACAAUGCUUUGUUUAAUAUGAUUGGUAUAGAAUCUCCUGUGUGGUGCAAACUCAAGACAGUCAUUGCAGAUGACAACAAAAUAUCAUCAGUCAUUCCACCAGACACCAUGGGCCACUGCACAUGUUUUGAUCAUGAUGAUUUAGAUGAAGAAAAAGGGGACUGCCUACCCCAAUCAUUACAAAAACUUUCAUUGGCGCAUAACAAAAUCGAAAACAUCUCUUACGGUGACUGCAAACUACUGUAUUCGUUACGAGAACUGCACCUUUCUGGGAACAAAGUGAAGCAUCUUAAAAGCCAUGUGUGCAGCUCUCUGGAACGUUUAGAAGUCCUCCUUCUUGAUAACAACUCUAUUAGUGACCUGAAGGAGCAGGAUGUUGCUCCUUAUCCCAACCUCAGGAGGCUGAACCUCGCCUUUAACAAGAUGGCGGGAAGAGGAGGGCAUGUGAAAUCUCCACGACGGCAGGGAUACCGCAUAUUUGAAUUUGUACCUAAACUUAGGUCCCUUAAUGUGAGCAACAACAGUCUCAGGAUUAUCAGUGCAGAAACCAGCAUUCCAGAAACUCCAUUUACCUUCAUGGUAACAAAUUUCCCAAGUGAACUUGAUCUCAGGAACAAUAAGUUUGAAAUGAUCAACUCUGUGCUCAGCUUGAAAUACAUUCCAAAACUGAAGAUGCUCCUCAUGGACAACAACCCUUGGGAAUGUCAUUGUAAAACUGUGAAUAGCGUCAUGACUCGGGUGUUUCAGGAGUUACAACACACAGCAAUGGUGAAUGCAGUGGAAAGUGUUAUCUGUCAGGUACCUUCUAAUGUGAAGGGUAAGAAGAUGAAUGACCCCAAAAUUACAGAGGAUUGUAACCAGAAGCGUUCAUCAUCAGAGUCUGAGCUCUUCAUACCUAUUGUGGCCAUCCUGAUCAUUAUCAUCCUGCUUGGAUUGCUUGUCCAAGUUACAUUUCGGAAGAUUAGACAGGAAUCAAUUGGCAUAUUCUGGGUGCCUCCUCCUAGGAAUGAUGCUACCCACGGGAGGACUCACAGUGUGUGCAUUGUCCAUGCUUGGCAAGAUAAUGAAAUGGUGAAAGCAGACUUGGUGGAUCCACUCACAAACCUUGGCUACUCAGUGUUAUGGAAUGAGAGCCCCUACUUUCCAGAAAAUUUUGAGAGAGUCACCAAUUCCAGAAGAAUGCUUGUUGUUGCUUCUAAUCACUUGAUGAGAUACGAAAAUGCAAAGAGAUUAAUUGAGAGAGGUCUUGAAGAGGAGUGCUCUGUCCCUGGAUUCAAGGUGGUGGCCUUUGUAAUGGAUGACCUUCCUCGGUCAUUGUACUCUGUUUUGUAUGAAAUUGUUGUGAAUCGGGAACAUAUACCAAGGAUGAAAAGCAAUUACAUCAAGGAAAUUUGUAACAAGCUGCCACCCCCAGGGGCCAUACAGAACAUUAUCACCUUUACAGAGACAGAUCUUUAUUGUUUUCUUCUGCAACAGUGGGAGAAAGCUAAGAAAAGAGAGCAUCAGCGAGCCCGCCUACAGGACAUUUUCUCUUCACAGAACUCAGAUCCCCAUGCUGGUAUUGCAAGUACUUCAAGUGCGUCUUGGUUUGAAAGUGGUAUUUCAGUGUCUUCUAUUACGGAUGACUUAUGGGAAGCAGUGCGCUCAAGGUCCCAGAGAAGACAUAAAUCAGCAUCAGCAACUGAGGAACAGCUUCAAAUAUCUCCCAAUCAGUAUACACUGCAGAUAAGUUGUGAAGAUGGGGAGCAAGUUGCCCAGGUGGAAUGCUCCAAUCAAGUAAACAGUGAGGGAAACUGCACACACUUGUAGGUGAUGUGAUGAUGGCAGAGUUUCUGCUGCAUAAAGAGGAUGUUUGAAAAUGCUCUGGACCACGAUCGUGGCUUUGGGGGAAAUGCCUCCUGUCCGCGAUUGUGGUCCCAUAUUUGACUAGUCACAGAAUUAAACCGUGUGCCUCCUGGCUGCUGCUAGUUGCCAGAUGACAUUCUCCCAUCCUCCCUCGACUCAUGGGAUGCUCCAUCAGUUACAUGGUAAGAAAAAUAUAGUCACAAUGGCAUCCACACAGUAGAGUAUCAGAUGCCCCUUUUUUCACAAUUGUUGUUAUUUUACGAUGUCGCUAGUGGCUAUUUGUGCAUUUAUUUACAGAAAUAACAAGAGUAAUGAUCAAAUCUUGUUGUUAGAGAGCAGAUAUGCCAGAUAUUAUUCGUUUAUUGGUAGUAUAUUGCGUAUUUCAUAUAUUACCAUAUAUGGGCAUGCAUAUCCUCGCUCAUGAUAGUAUGUACAUAAAAAAAACACUCUGAAAACGCAUUUUAUAUUAUUUGUGUGGGCAUAAUGUAUGCACAGGUGUGAAAAAUAAUUACCCUAGCACAUUCUGGAGCAGUUCUGAAGAACUGCAGUUCAAAUUAGGCAAAAAUUGUGUAAUUUAGUGAAAACAUCUGCACAAGUUGCGGCAGAAAAUAACCACCUGCUACGAUGGCAAUACCCAAAAGCGCACAAUGUACCACCAGAAAGCCAACUUCCCAUCAUUAUUGCACCAAUUUCCAGCAUGAGUAGAGACCUAAAUUUUUUGCAGUAGAUGCAUAACACUAUUAUGCAUGAGAAUGUUGAUUUUUUCCAUUUUUGCAAACCUCAAUUUUUCGGCCGAAUUUGCAUCUCACAGAAAUGACCCAAAAACCUAUUUGCGCCCUGAAAGGGUUAAUAGACAAACUAUUCGAUACUCGAAUGCAAAAGUUUGAUUUAAUACUCGAAAAUACGUAUACCUGAAAUUUGAACGUCCACACACGUGAUUGUAAAUAAAGGCUCCCUGGCCUCUCCCUCCCCCAUCUGCCAGUUGUGCUGCAGCACAACUGUUUUAAAGUUCUCAUUCAUAAGUUCACCCACUUCUUCUAUUGUUUCAUAUAUCCCUUAGUUAACUUAGUGAUAUGGUCUCUCUGUUCAUUAUCUUUCCAUUUGUAUACUGUACUUAUAAAAAAGCUUGAGUUUCUUUUCCCAUCUCUUCAUUACAUCCCUUUCAAAAUUUCUCUCUCCUUCCCUCUUAUUCUAAUGUAUUCAUUUCGUGCCUCUUUAACCCCUAAAGGGCCGGAGGCGGCUAUAGCCGCUUUUCCACGGAAGGGCCGGGGGCGGUUAUAGCCGCUUUGCUUUUUUCGCGCUAAAUUUACUUACUUUUCGAUAAUUUUCGAUGACCAUUCAUUGGCAACACUGCCAGAGAUAUGUUUAGGCUACUGCUUCAGAAUCUUGCCUGCUCUCACGAUGGACAGGCGUACUGACACGGAUUCUGACGCGUCCGAUUUCCUGCCAGACCCUGCCGAGCCCAGCACCUCAACGCCUAGACAUAUUCCCGCCCAAGCUCGACCACGUGCUUCACUUCUUAGCGACAGCAGAAUACUACGGGAACUCAAUAGAACUGUCUCCUCGUACUUAUCAAGUGAUCCCGAGGAACUUGAACUAAGUGACGUGAGCAUAGAGAAUGAAGGUAGUGAAGAUACAGAUACAAGUACAAAUGAUUCUGAUUUUGCUCAAUCAACACCUGAAGCAGCUUCAGAAGAACCUGCAUGUCCUUUUACAUCUACUGUGAGGACAGUCGCUGUAUUAUGAAUUAUGUGUAUUAUGUACUAUGUAUUAUGUAUUAUGAUUGAAUAAUGUGUGCACACACAAACUCUCUCUCUCUCUCUCUCUCUCUCUCUCUCUCUCUCUCUCUCUCUCUCUCUCUCUCUCUCUCUCUGUAGUAUAUUAUGAAUUAUGUGUAUUAUGUACCAUGUAUUAUGUAUUAUGAUUGAAUAAUGUGUGCACACACAAACUCUCUCUCUAUUAUAUUAUGUAUUAUUAUUGUAGUAUCUAUGUAUUACAUAUGUAUGCAUUAUGUAUCUUGUAUGUAUUAGGAAAAUUGAAAAUAAAAUAAUAAAGCAUUUGUUUAGUGAGUGUAAAUGAAACCCUACAUGAUAAAUAAAAUAAAAUAAAGGAAAAAAGUCAGUAGUGUACGAAGUGAGUGUAAAAGUACACAUACCUAAGUGAUGGUAUAUACUUUUCAUAUAGUUAUUACUGAGUGUAAGAGCAACACGAGAAUGAGAAGAGUAUGCUACAAUGACUCCCAAACCACACAUCACAAGACUGUGUUACAUAGAGAAAGCUUAGAGUAUUGACUAUAUAUAAGAAUUAGAGCAUGGGGGCAUCCGUUUUCAUUACGCACUAGUCAAGGCCACACAAGUGAAACGAACGCAGAGCGGGCAAGAGCCUCGCUAACUCCAAAAGUCUCUCCUCUUCAACUCAAUAUUUCUCCAAAACCACAGCACAUAGAAACGUUUUCAUGCAAUAAUUAAAAAGAAGAAGAGUUGAUGAUGACUAUGACGACAAAGUAAUUUGUUAUUGCAUUGUAGUUCAGCAGAAUCAAGUGUGUGAAUAUAGGCUAUUUUCGGUGUUUGGUGCUGAGGUGCCGGUCCUGUGGAUGUUGUAGAUGACCACCCAGGCCGGCCCUUUAGGGGUUAAACUGCUU